CCUCGCGGCCACAGAAACCGGGCGUGGGGCCCGACGGCCGCUCGGCGUCCCAGGCCGCCCAGGAUCGCUCCGCCCGCGGCCGGCCGAACUUCUCCUCCCUGCUUUUCUCCGUCCCUCCCCCUCCCCGCUUCCCUCUCGCCAGCCGGCGCCGGACACGCUGCGCCUCUUCUCUUGGGGCGCUCUUCCCGUUGGCCAACCGUCGCAUCCCGUGCAACUUCGGGGCAGGCGGCGUCCGGUGUUGAAUGUUCCCCACAGAGAGCGCAUGGCAGGCGAAGCGAGGCGCGGACCCGGUCCCCAAGGGGCCGUCGUCCGGGAGGCGGUGAUGCUGUUGCUGUGCCUGGGGGUCCCGACCGCCCGGCCCUACAACGUGGACACUGAGAGCGCGCUGCUGUACCAGGGCCCCCCUGACACGCUGUUCGGCUACUCGGUGGUGCUGCAUGGCCACGGGGCGAACCGAUGGCUCGUAGUGGGGGCGCCCACUGCCAACUGGCUUGCCAACGCUUCCGUGGUCAACCCCGGGGCAAUUUAUAGAUGCAGAAUCGGAAAGAAUCCAAACAGGACAUGCGAACAGCUCCAGUUAGGGAGCCCUGUUGGAGAACCCUGUGGAAAGACUUGUUUGGAAGAGAGAGAUAAUCAGUGGUUGGGGGUCACACUUUCCAGACAGCCGGGAGAAAAUGGAUCUAUCGUGACUUGUGGGCACAGAUGGAAAAACAUCUUUUACAUAAAGAAUGAAAAUAAACUCCCCAUUGGUGUAUGCUAUGGGAUGCCCUCGAAUUUACGAACAGAGCUGAGUAAAAGAAUAGCUCCAUGUUAUCAAGAUUAUGUGAAAAAAUUUGGAGACAAUUUUGCAUCAUGUCAAGCUGGAAUAUCUAGUUUUUACACAGAGGAUUUAAUUGUGAUGGGCGCUCCAGGAUCAUCGUAUUGGACUGGCUCUGUGUUUGUCUACAAUAUAACUACAAAUAAAUAUAAGGCCUUUUUGGAUAGACACAAUCAAGUAAAAUUUGGAAGUUAUUUAGGAUACUCAGUUGGAGCUGGUCAUUUUCGUACUCACCAUUCCACUGAAGUAGUUGGAGGAGCCCCUCAACAUGAACAGAUUGGUAAAGCUUAUAUAUUCAGUAUUGAUGCAAGAGAAUUAAAUAUUUUACAUGAAAUGAAAGGUAAAAAGCUUGGCUCCUAUUUUGGAGCUUCUGUCUGUGCUGUGGACCUCAAUGCAGAUGGCUUCUCAGAUCUGCUUGUGGGAGCUCCCAUGCAAAGCACCAUCAGAGAGGAAGGAAGAGUGUUUGUGUACCUCAACUCUGGCUCGGGAGCAGUAAUGAAUGAAAUGGAAACAGAGCUCAUUGGAAGUGACAAAUAUGCUGCAAGGUUUGGAGAAUCUAUAGUUAAUCUUGGCGACAUUGACAAUGAUGGCUUUGAAGACAUUGCUAUUGGAGCUCCACAAGAAGAUGAUUUGAGAGGCGCCAUUUAUAUUUAUAAUGGCCGAAGUGAUGGGAUCUCAUCUACCUUCUCACAGAGAAUUGAAGGACUUCAAGUCAGUAAAUCAUUAAGUAUGUUUGGACAAUCUAUAUCGGGACAAAUUGAUGCAGAUAAUAAUGGAUACGUAGAUGUAGCAGUUGGUGCUUUUCGGUCUGAUUCUGCUGUGUUGUUAAGGACAAGACCUGUAGUGAUUGUUGAAGCUUCUUUAAGCCAUCCUGAGUCCGUAAAUAGAACAAAAUUGGACUGUAUCGAAAAUGGACUGCCUUCUGUGUGCAUGGACUUAACGCUUUGUUUCUCAUAUAAGGGCAAAGAGGUUCCAGGUUAUAUUGUUUUGUUUUAUAACAUGAGUUUGGAUGUGAACAGGAAGCCCGAGUCUCCAUCAAGAUUUUACUUUUCUUCUAAUGGGACGUUUGACGUGAUUACAGGAAGCAUCCAAGUAUCAAGUGGAAGAGCUAACUGUAGAACACAUCAAGCCUUUAUGCGGAAAGAUGUGCGAGACAUCCUCACUCCAAUUCAGAUUGAAGCUGCUUACCACCUGGGACAACAUGUCAUCAAUAAACGAAGCACAGAGGAAUUCCCACCACUUCAGCCAAUUCUUCAGCAGAAGAAAGAAAAAGACAUGAUUAUAAAAACGAUAAACUUUGCAAGAUUUUGUGCCCACGAAAAUUGUUCUGCUGAUUUACAGGUUUCUGCAAAAAUUGGAUUUUUCAAGCCGCAUGAAAAUAAAACCUAUCUUGCUGUUGGGAGUGCAAAAACAAUCACGUUGAAUGUGUCCUUGUUUAACGCUGGAGAUGAUGCUUAUGAAACGACUCUGCAUGUCCUGCUACCCGCGGGUCUUUACUUCAUUAAGAUUUUAGAUCUGGAAGAUAAACAAAUAAACUGUGAAGUAACAGACAACUCCGGCAUAGUGAAACUUGACUGCGAUGUUGGUUACAUAUAUGUCGAUCAUCUCUCUAGGAUAGAUAUUAGCUUUCUCCUGGAUGUCAGCUCACUCAGCAGAGCAGAAGACGAGCUCAACAUCACAGUGCACGCUGCCUGUGAAAAUGAAGGGGAAGUGGACAAGCUAAAACAUAAUAAAGUGACUUUAGCAAUACCUCUUAAGUAUGAGGUCAUGCUAGCUGUUCAUGGGUUUGUGAACCCAACUUCAUUUGUGUAUGGAUCAAAUGAUGAAAAUGAGCCUGAAACGUGCAUGGAAGAGAAAAUGAACUUCACUUUCCAUGUUAUCAACACUGGCAGUAGCAUGGCUCCAAAUGUUAGUGUGGAAAUAAUGAUACCAAAUUCUUUUAUUCCCCGAACUGAUAAGCUGUUCAACAUUUUGGAUGUCCAGACUAAUACUGGAGAAUGCCACUUUAAAAAUUAUCAAAGAGAGUGUGCAGUCGACCAGCACAAGGGUGCAAUGGAGACCUUGAAAGGCAUAGUCAACUUCUUGUCAAAGACUGACAAGCGGCUACUGUACUGCAUGAAAGCUGACCCAUAUUGUUUAAAUUUCUUAUGCAAUCUUGGGAGAAUGGAAAGUGGAAAAGAAUCCAGUGUUCACAUUCAGUUGGAGGGUCGGCCAUCCAUUUUAGAAAUGGAUGAGACUUCAGCACUCAAGUUUGAAAUUAGAGCAACAGCUUUUCCAGAGCCACAUCCAAAUGUCAUUGAACUAAACAAGAAUGAGAAUGUUGCACACGUUCUACUGGAAGGACUACAUCAUCAAAGACCCAAACGUCAUUUCACUAUAGUGAUUAUUUCAAGUAGUUUGCUACUUGGGCUUUUUGUACUUUUAUUGAUUUCAUGUGUUAUGUGGAAGGCUGGCUUCUUUAAAAGACAAUACAAAUCUAUCCUACAAGAAGAAAACAGGAGAGACAGCUGGAGUUAUGUCAACAGUAAAAGAAAUGACGACGAUUAAAGACUUCUUUCACAUUGAGAGAACUGAAAUCAGACUCAGGUUAUAUUAAAAGUGUUUACAACAAAACAUGAAUUUUGCUCAGACUUCUUCGAUGUACUUUUAACUCAUAACCUGGUGACUUCAUUUUUUUAAUUGUCAGUGGGCACAUGUACUCCACAGAGAAGGAGACAGACAGACAGCACCCUCCCCCCAGUGGGGCAUAGUCACCUUACAGUAUUUUCUCCUCCUUUUUCCAUCCUAUCAGGAUUUGAAGCCUGUAUGCACAUAUGCAUGGCAUGUUUUUGAAGUCCCUGGAGCUGGGCCUUCGGGCCAUGGUAAGCCAUGCGGGAUCCAGUUUUCCAUGCAUAGGACUCAACCACCACUCUACAGAGCUAGCCCACAUUAUGCCCUAAUGCAAAGGAAUAAACCAGUCCAUCAUCACUCUUCAAAAGAAGAUAACCACGAAGGCAAUUCAAUAUAGCCAAAGAUAAUUUUUCAGCUCUGAAAUGAGUAAAAAACACUAAAGCCUUCAACUUCAUCAAGAAAAGUUAACCCUCGGAAAUAUCUUAAAAUUAAAGGAUAUCUGAACUAAAUCAAAUUGAGAAAGUAACCAAUUUAAUUGCAGAAGUUUUGGACUUGAAAUAUCUCUCAAAGAAACGUUAUUUAUUAUAUGUGGUUGCCUGGGUAACAUAAAACCUCCUGAAUGGGCAGUGGUUCCUUUCAAAUUAAUCUUUCAGCCUUGUUUGAAAUAUGCCCUUUAAAAAUAGUAUUUUUUUAAAAAGCUCUUCCCAAAUGAAACAGGACCAUUAUUAUUUUAAAGCAGAUUUUAUCUUUAAAGAUCUUUGUUUGUAACACAUUUCUUACAAGCAUUUCUUGUACCAUUUUAUUCAGCAGUCUAUGAAUAUUAUAGGCCUGAUAAGCAAAUUUUACACUGAAUUUACACACUGGUUUGAACUUAGUAGGAUGACUUCUGGAUGAUUGUUGUUUAUAUAGCGAUGAAUUUUUUUCUUCUUUCUGUAUAUAUACAUACACUUUACAAAGAACAUAUGUGUUUUUAUAAAUACAAGCCUACUAGUCCACCUAUAAUGACUUUAUCAAGCAUAUCCAGGAGUAAAUUCACAAAAACAUUGUUUUUGGUUUCUUUUAAGGAGAUUUUUUCUGUACGGUACAUGCAGGCACAUGUCUCCAGAGAGACAGAAAGUGAGAAAUCACCCUGCGGGGGGUUGAUUACACUGCAGAUCCUUCUCCUCCAUUCUCCUCUCAGGAUUUUGGGCACACGUGCACAUGCGCAUGGCAUGAAUUUUAAGCCACCAGAUCAGGACUUGAACCUCCUUUGACUAUAUAGGAGUCCAGCAAAGUAACCACUAUGCCAUAUGUUGGUUCCAAAAAAGCAUUGUUUUUAAAAAGCAGUUCUUAAGAAUUCUAAUUUAUAUUCUGAAACAACAUAUUGUAAAUAUUGCACUUUAGCUGAUGUAUACUGAUGUAUAUAAGAAAUGUGAAAAUCGUAUCUCACUAAUGAUUUUUGAAAAGUUAAAGUUGUGCAAAGAACGACUAGGGGGCUAGUAUUUCAUACAUAUUAAGUACUAUAUAUGUAAAAUAUUGUCUGUGCAAAAUUAAGCCAAUAUGGACAUGUUUGGUUAAUAUUCUUUUUGUUAUUCUUUUCAAAUACAAGUAUUAAAUAUGGUCUAAUCAGAUCAACUAAAGCAUUCUUUCCUGCAUGGGGAAACAAAAUUUGUCAAGUUACUGAGAAUGCUGAUUUAGUUUAUAUACAAGUGAAUGCAAAUGUGACAUCAAAAUUCCCAUGACAUAUGUUUGAUAGAUAAAAUAUUUUAAGUUUGUUAUUUUAUGAAGUUCUAUUUUAAACCGAAAUAACUUCAUGAUCAAUGUUAAGUGAUUUAUCUUUAUAUACCUUUUCAUUUUUCACUUGUGAUAUUUAUUUCAUGCAUAUGGGUCUAUAUGCUAACUAUAAAAUAGAACUUUAUGCAGAAACAUCUUUAUGUGUGUAAGAAAGGUGUAAUCAAAUUUUGAACAUCACUUAUAGGAAGUGAUCAAAUAGAUAAAUUAGAAGGCAGUCUUUACUAUUAUGGAAAAGAUCCCUGGGUAUGAAGUCUGUGCCACUGGUUCUCCCCUUCCUCAGAUUUCCUGAUUUGUAUAAGUUAUCUGUUUACAAGCUUGUGAUUGGUGGCUGGAAACUGAGGCAUAUACUGAGGUUUGUGAUAGCAUUUGACCAGUGACACCUGAGCACAAAGCCUCCUAAACUUAAUGUGUACCCAAAGAAAUCAACUUCAUUAAAUUUGUGUAAUAAAAAUCAUUCUUGUGCAAAGGAUAUAUUAUUAUGCUUUUAUCACUGUAAAAAGUCACAUAGUUCUUUCGGGAAAUUUGAAUUACUGAUUAAAAAAAAAAAAAGCCACAACUUUAGCACUGCCUUCUCAAGGACAGUCUCUGAGAAAUUUUAAAUUUGCUUCAGAAAUGACUGAACAUUUGCUUCAGAGAAUUUAAAUUUAUUUAGAAAUAACUGUAUGUCUGAUAUUAUUAAGUAAAUUGAAAACAAAGUGGUAUGAAUGGUCUACAUCUGCCUCUCAGGUCCAAAACGAAUGCUGUUUACUAGUUGGGCUAAAUUUGGCCUAGUUAUAUUUUGCGUAGUUCAAAAUAAAAUUUGUGUAACACCUUAAAAUUCCCUGUAAUUUUUAUUACCUUACCACUUUAUAAAAUGGUACCAUGUUUUAAAGAUGGAUUUUUCUUUGCAGGUAGCCUAUGUAUUGGAGAGAUUUUGAAAAAGUAGUUCUAUUUGUGGUUAUAUACCUAACUAACUGUGAUUUUGAAAUUUAGCCUCUGUGCCUUAGUUCCUCAUCAAUAAAAUCAGGGCAGUUUUUUAUGAUU